GAAGAAUUGAAGUACUCUCUAGCCCCCUCCAUCAUCCUCCCUUCUCCUGAGACUCAAAAUAGUUAUCUUGACCGACCGGCCGUCAUGUUCAACGAAAACGAAAUAAACCAAAAGGAAAAUGAAGCCUGCAACGCUAAAUCGUCGCCACCACCAGCAGAAGCUUCUCCUCCCCCCCUAAGCCCAUCUCCUUCCCAUGAAUUCUCCUUCACAAUCUCCCUCAACCAUCACAAUUGCACCUCAGCUCCUUACCAACCCGACCUCGUCCCCGCCGACGACAUCUUCUUCCUCGGUCACCUCCUCCCACUUGAAAAAUUACAAAAUACAAAGCCCGGUGAAGGUUAUAAUACCUCCAGCAAUACUAAAAGCAAGCACAAACCUUCGUUCUCUUCUUUGCUUGGUCUCACCAAGUGGCUCAGGAGGAGCGACGACGAGAAAGGGGAAAGUAAGAAGAAGAAGAACAAGAAGUCAUUGGACUUGCGUUGUUGUUGGCAGAAGGUGGGUCCCUCUGUAUCUUUUAAAUGGGAGAAAGAGAAAGGGGAUCUAAGGCGGCGGCCCUGCUCGUUCUCUGGGAAGGCCAAUGACUCUCGAGAAGGUUCGGCGAGGUGGCGGUGGCGAGGGGAGUUCUCGGCACCGGCGUCGAUGUGGACAUCGCCGACCAAUAGCGGUAUCAAUGUGGCGUCGUCCGCCGCCACAACCGCCGCCUCGGACGAGAGCACGAUGGUGGAACUCCAGAACGCUGUUCAAGCCGCCAUAGCACACUGCAAGAACUCAAUUGCUGUAAAGGAGGAAAUUUUAACUUGAAGCUAAAACUCUAUAUGGAAUUCUUCAUCUUCAUUGACUGAUUGAUUCAUGCAUGGAGAGAUUUAUACAAUGGAGUUAAAAGAAUUUCUCAGGGAGUUUUAUGUAAGGAAUUACUUAUGUGAUUUCUAAUUCAGCUUAGCUAAUAAGAUCUUGAUUUUCUCUUUCUCUCUAUCUUUAAAUUUGGAAUGAAAAUCUUCAAGA